AUGCAGGAAGAAAACCAGUCCUCUACUCUGGACUUCAUCCUCCUGGGAGUAAGCAGUGAACAGGAACAAGAAAAAAUCUUCUUCAUCCUCUUCCUGUUCAUUUACCCCAUCACAUUUAUUGGAAACCUGCUCAUUAUCUUGGCUAUCCGUUCUGACGCUCGCCUUCACAGUCCCAUGUAUUUUCUCCUUGCCAACCUUUCAUUUAUUGACAUCUUCUUCUCUUCUGUUACUAUUCCUAAGACACUGGCCAACUAUAUCUUGCACAGCAAAGCCAUCUCCUUUGGUGGAUGUCUAACACAGAUGUAUUUCAUGAUUUCCAUGGCUAACACAGAUAGUUACAUCUUGGCAGCUAUGGCAUAUGAUCGUGCUGUGGCCAUCAGCCGCCCACUUCAUUACACAACAAUUAUGAGUCCAAGGUCUUGUGUCCUGCUAGUUGUUGGUUCUUGGGUGAUUGCCAAUUCCAAUGCUCUCAUGCACACUGUGCUCACAUCUAGGCUGUCUUUCUGUGAAAACCGGGAAGUAGCAAACUUCUACUGUGACAUUGUGCCUUUGCUCCAGUUGUCCUGUUCUGAUAUCCAACUUAAUGUGAAGGUGAUGUACCUAGGGGUUAGUAUAUUCUCUGUGCCAUUAAUAUGUAUCACCAUUUCCUAUAUUCGGGUCUUUUACACAGUCUUAAAAGUUCCAUCCACAAAGGGUGUGCGCAAAGCUUUCUCCACCUGUGGUUCCCACCUCACAGUUGUUUCUCUGUAUUAUGGGACAAUCAUGGGCAUGUAUUUCCGCCCUCUGACAAGUUAUACCCUAAAGGAUGCUGUGAUGUCGGUGAUGUACAUGAUAGUGACCCCAAUGUUAAAUCCUUUCAUCUAUAGUCUGAGAAAUAAGGAUAUGAAGGUUGCACUUAGGAAAUUGUUCAGCAAGAAAAUCUCCCUAUAA